AAGCAGCGGCGAGAGUGCAGCCGGGCGCGAUGAGUGGGGAAUUGGCCGUAGCGCCCCCUCUCGGGGAAGUCGAGCCGGGCAGUGGGGUCCGCAUCGUGGUGGAGUACUGCAAACCAUGCGGCUUCGAGGCCACCUACCUGGAGCUGGCGAGUGCCGUCAAGGAGCAGUACCCCGGCAUUGAGAUCGAGUCCCGCCUGGGGGGCACAGGGGCCUUUGAGAUCGAGAUCAAUGGACAGCUAGUUUUCUCUAAACUGGAGAACGGAGGCUUUCCUUAUGAGAAAGAUCUCAUCGAAGCCAUCCGAAGAGCCAGUAAUGGGGAACCCCUGGAGAAGAUCACCAACAGUCGCCCUCCCUGCGUCAUCCUGUGACCACACACACGGGUCUUUGGUUCCUGUCGCUGUGGGAUCUGGGCUCCUUCCACCACUAUUGGUCCUGCUGGAGGCUCUCCCCUGCCUCUGCCUUCUAAGAGACCCAGAAUUUCAGCUUUGCCCUUUUGGGGAAAGAAGGAAAUAGAAGUUUCUGUGGUCUUAGGGGCUGGAGAUAGACCCUUUCCGUGGACAUUUCUGUCGCCACCUGUAUUAUGUCCCAACCCCAGAAUCAGUGACUUAAAAAAAGUCCAGUCCCCUCCCCAGCUAACACUACCUGCCAGAUGCCACUGUAGUUCUAAUUUAUUCUCCACUUGCCCCAGGUGAUGUCCGCUAUUGGCAAUAAAGUGGCACUACAAACA